GAACUAGUUUGUUAAGGCAGCGCGCGCCGUCGGGGAUUAUUUUGUUGUUGGACAGACAUGGAGACUCGCGUUCCCCAUGUGAGUGAAGAGGAAAACCAAGACCCAGGAGCCGCUCCCUAUGGAAACUUCGUCAAUUAUUACACCUUCAACCCGCCAGAGAACCGCCUUAGUUUGAUACCAGGAACGCUGCUGGAAAACAUCGGACUCGGCUCUGAACGCGUUGUAAUACUGGACGUGGGAUGCAAUUCAGGGGUAAAAGGAUUGCAGAUUUUAAUAUCUGCCUCUGGAAGUGACUUUUCUAAAAGAGAAGUGCAUCUGCUUGGAUUUGACCUGGAUCAGGAUUUAAUCCUCCGGGCGCAGAACUCCAACCCCUUUACCCAAAAUAUCCAGUUUAUCCCCCUGGAUAUCACAGAUGCUGCAGAGAGCCAGGCAGUGCUGGAGUCCUACCUGGGAAGGUUUGGCUGCCCCCGUUUCCAGCUGUGCACCUGUUUUGCGGUGACUAUGUGGGUGCACCUGAAUCACGGAGACGCAGCGUUUUUUUUUUUUUUUUUCAGGAUUGGGUUUUUUUUUUGGUUUUUUUUGCUGGAGGCACAGCCGUGGAAGUGUUACCGCUCUGCUGCGCGCCGGUUACGCAAACUGGGGCGCAGUGACUUCGACCACUUCAAGACCCUUGAGAUUCGAGGGGACAUGGCGGCGCAUGCUAGAGAGCACUUGGAAAAGCAGUGCAGCAUGGAUUUGGUGCAGAGUUUUGGCAAUACAGCAUGGGACAGAAGUCUUCUGCUCUUCAAAAGACGAUGAUUAGGAGCAAAACAGUCAAGAUCAGUCUACAGCUGCCUGACUACACUAGACUGUAACACUAGUCUGGUAAUUAUUUUAACCAACCACAAGAGGGCACUAGUGACGUACACGUUCCUGUUUUUUAUUUUACAUGUUUUGAAGUAACAGUAUAUCUAAUUGAAAGAUGCAAAGAAGGCAUUUUUAGUUUAUCGUUGUUGUUAUUAUACUUAUAAUUAUUAAGAAUGAGAAGAAUGUGUUUGCCCUCUGGAUUAUUUUUAUAUUUUUUUUAAAUUACAGACAGAUGGAUAUAGUCUUUUUUUUUUUUCUUUUAGCAUGUUUUAAUUUAAUAAACGCUAUGCUCCACUAUAA